GCGGCAGAGAGGCAGUCGAAGGCCAAGACGCGGGCACCACCCCCUGCUCGAACAGCCGCUCCGGUCCGUGACGUUGAGGUUUUGGUUCGCCAUGCGGUCCAAGAGGAUCAUCCGGCCAAUGAGGAGGCGCUCCUGACCGUGAAGAGCAACGCGACCAUGAAGAGUGUGAAGGAGGCCUUGGUGGCGCACUUGGGCAAGCCCGAGUUGCUGCGGUCUUGCCGCUUGGUGCAGCCUGUCGGCGAGAACGGUGCCUUCUCCUCCUUCAAGGACAACGAGAAGCUGAACGGUCGCCGUGCGUUGCUGGUGCUGGGAAUCCCGAGCUUGCGGCCAGCAGGCGAAGAGCCAGCCGAAGAUGUGCCUGCAGAGAAGAGCUUGCAGGCUAGCCUGGAGCCGCGCAGCAAGCCGGAGGUGAAGGUGGCCGUUCCCGAGCCACCAAAGCUCUCCAUCUCGCAGGCUCUGGCCCUUCAGCGCGACUUGUUGCAGGGCUUCUCCGACCCAGAGUUCCAGCAAAAGCGCAAGGACCAAUGCUCAAAGAUCGUGCAGGAUGUGUCGAUGAGCCACACCAUCGUCGUCGUCUCUCAGCUGUGGCAAAGGCAGAGCGAGCCCAGAAAGUUCAGCGCCGAGCGGCAGAAGCUCUUCCUCACGGUUCAGAAGGUGGUCCUUCCCAGAUAUGGCUUCGAGGGUAGCCCCAAGGGCGUGUUCGACAUGCUCCAGCAGUUCGACCGCACCGGCUCUUGCAAGCUGUUGCAGGGCGCUGUGUUGAACCACCUCCUUUUCGCGGAAGAUCCGGCAGAGGCCAUUCCAGCCACUGCACAG